GCGCAGAGGCUAUGCCGCCGCCGGAUGCGGCGCUUCCUCUCCCUUCUCCUUCACCCUCGCGCCGCUUCUCCUCCCCCGUGCGCGCGCGCGCGAGCUGCGCCGCGGGCCCGCCUCUGAUGCGGUCGCUUCCCAUCCCCGCGUCGCACUGCCUCCCCCCAUCCCCACGCGUCAGCCACGCCACGCGCCUGUAGCCCUAGGGAGGACGACCGUCGCGUCCCGCAACAGCUCCUUCCACCGCCUCCCCUCCCCUCGGUGCUUCCUCUCCAUUACUUGAUGCCAGAAGGGAGCACGCCCAUCGUGCUGACCACCCAGCGGCGCCUCCCCAGCCAUGCUCACACCCGUCGUGGCGGCGGCGGCGGCGGCGCCGGCGCGGUCCCGGUGGCCAAGCUGGAGGACGCCGCCACGCUCAUCGACUCCGUCGAGACGUUCAUAUUUGACUGCGACGCAGCGUAGGUGUGAUUUGGAAGGGCGAGAAGCUGAUCGACGGAGUGCUAGAGACGCUCGACAUGCUAGAUCAAAGGGCAAGAGGCUGGUAUUCGUGACGAACAACUCGACCAAGUCGAGGAAGCAGUACGGGAAGAAGUUUGAGACGCUAGGACUAAACGUCAAUGAGGAAGAGAUCUUCGCUUCGUCGUUCGCAUAUGUGGCGUACCUGCAGUCCAUCGAUUUCCCCAAAGACAAGAAGGUUUAUGUGAUUGGAGAGGACGGGAUUCUGAAGGAGCUGGAGCUGGCUGGAUUUCAGUAUCUUGGCGGGCCAUCUGAUGGAGACAAGAAGAUAGAACUGAAGCCUGGAUUUUACAUGGAGCAUGACAAAGAUGUAACUACGAUCCCUACUAGCACUCGCCACCUAUUUCAUAUGUAUAGAAUGGUAGUUGGUGAUUCCGUAUCUACAGCUUCUUCUGUAUGUUGCGCUACUCCUGUUGAUCUUCAAUCCGCAAAAAGAAGGCCGAUGUGUACCAUUUUCCUUUAUACAUUGAUUUUGGACAUGGCCAAGUCAGGAGUGGAGUUUGAGGCUGCCCUUUUUUAUUCUGAUGGUUGAAAUCGUUGUCUUCUUGCCUCGACAACUACUGAUCCAUUUUAGAGCUUCUGCUGCUUGCCCUAGAUCAACUUAUUGUCCAAAAGUAUGAAUCUGCACCAGCUGGACAGCAGUGACAUUGUCCUCUCACUACAGAAAGCCAGGGGUUUGUUUGGAAGAUUUAGUAUACUCCGUAAGCUGAGGUGCUCAAAGAUACCUUCUACCUGGAUGGUUCCUCGAGGAAGUUUGGCCUCCCCUUAUAUGCUACCACUAUCUCUCUACCUUCCUAUUUCAUUUGUUCGUCACUAAAGAAUAUUAUAACGUUGCUUUCAGAAGAUUCAAGGAUUUGCUCUAUCUUCCAUUUCUUUCAGCUCAAUAUCAUUCCUUUUCAUCGUAAUGAUAUAAUAACAUCAAGUGAUUUGAUCAAGCAUAAGAAAGACUGCAACUGAUAACCAUUUGCAACAGCGCACUGUUAUAUAUUUGAUAUUUGGCA